UCCUCUUCUUCAGUCAUCACCAUCUUUAAAAACUUAGCUACAUUUUCCAUCCAUUAACAUCUCUAGCUAAUAAAAAUGAAGCAUCUAGAUAGUAAAGACUUAGCUUCUUCCUUACCUGUUCUUCCAAGAUUAGAUCGCCUCGAUUUCCUACUGCAGGUUCUGGAAGAGAAACAUGGGAUGUCACCAAAAAAUGAGAAAGGAGAAGAAGAAGACUCAGAGUACUGCAGCAGUACUCUGAGUCUUUCUACUGCACUUCAACAAGUUCAUCACAAAGGCACUCUUGUUGAUCGACUCACUGCACUCGAGAAUCGAGUCUUUAAGUUGCAGCUGAGCUUAGAAAUGGAAGAAGAGAAAACAUCAAGGUCGAGUUCAUCCAGGUCAAGAAAUCAUGACAACGAAGACGAAAAGGCCAAUCUCAAACAUAAACAACUCCAGGAAGAAGCGUCGACAGUAUCUUUAAGUAGUGAGAAAUCAGAUAAAGUUGUUGGUAAUGCUAAAAUGACAAAGAAAAAAUGGCGCCUUGGCAGCUGGCUUCGAUUGGGAUGUAAUUAAAAUUUGAAAAUAUGUAUGUAAUUUAAUUAUAUUCCCAGUACUUGCAAUUUGUACUUGUUUAAGCUUCAAGUGGAUUGAUUGCUUAUGA